GGUAAACAAACCUUGUCCCGCUUGCCUCAACGUGCGCUAGGCAAAACAAAUUUUGACAGCCGGGGUGCAAGGUUGGCAGCUCCCACCUUAGGUUUUAUUUUAAUUCAAAUAUUUAGUUAUUCUGUUAAUAUGGCAUUCAACAUAUCUCAACUUAUCCAAGCUGCUGAGUUCCUAGAUAGAAGAGAGAGAGAAGCUGAACAUGGCUACGCAUCUACGGCUCCGAUGCCUGAAUAUUUGAGCAAGAAAAAGUCCAAACCCAAGAAAUCUCAGGGAAAUAGAUCUACCCACAACGAGUUAGAGAAGAACAGGAGGGCACAAUUACGUUACUGCCUUGAAAAAUUAAAAGAUGUGGUUCCUGUUGGAUCCGAUACAUCACGCCAUACUACACUGGGACUGUUAACAAAAACCAAAUGUUUUAUUAGGAACUUAGAAGAUGGUGAAAGGAAAAAGUUACAUGCAAAAGAACAAUUAAAGAGAGAAAAGAGAUUCUUGCAACGUCGCUUAGAAGGAUUGUUGGAAGGCCAGUAUAGAGUGAGACAGGAAAGAAGUAUCAGUGAAUGCAGCACAUCUACAAAUUCAACUACCUCUUCUACUUCUGAGUCGGAUGAAAUUGACAUCCUGGGCUAUGGCAGUGCCCAGAGUGACACCGACGAUCACAGUAGCAUCGAGAGUAGUGGCAGCGAUUAUUAUACUAAUUCAAAACACCUAGGUUACAACGCCUCUUCAUUUGAGUCCCUAUGAAAAUGACAGGCGCCUUGGUUGACUGUCCCGCGAGAUUGUUAUACAGUUAACCAGGCUAAUUGUUGCUAGCUGGUAUUGGUUGGAUGUUAUAAUUUGUGGGCGGAAGAAUGUCGUAACAAUUUUGUUGUAUAUCUGUGUAUGAAAGGAAGUGAAGUAGUGUCCAAUUUUUGUCCACAGAUCUGUUACGAAAAUUUGCUGCAUGUUGAUUGACACAUUAUGACUGCAGAGGAAUGCUAUUUUUUUGGAGAGAAAGUUGUGUCUUUGUUUUAUCUGUUGUUAAUGUAUUAUACCAUGUAAUUUUUAAAAUAUCUCAUUUUUGUGAAAUUAAGGAAAAUUGAAUAGUACCAGUCUUAUGAAAAAUGGUAGAAACUGACAAGUUAGGAUUUGAAACUAAGCAAGCACAGUUCAAAUUCUCCAUGCAUGCAUACUGCACAGUUCAACUUUAUAUUGUAGGUAAUUACUAAAAAUUAGUUGCUAAAAAAACAACCCCACUGCACUUAAAUCCAUUGAUUAUAAACUUAAAUGUGAUUAAUGUAAAAUGGAUUACUUUCGUCCCUUUAAAAACAGUUCAUUUUCAUAUGGGAAAGCUUCACAUGCAGAUCUUUAUAUUGGAAACGAAAAUCAGAUUUAAAUAUUUCAUUCCAUUAGUUCAAGAACUAAAUACCAACUUAUUUUGGAGGAAUAAGCAAAAUGACAUCUGUUUAAAAGGCAGCAUAUCUUGAUUUUCAACAAGGAUUUCAUGGAAAUAUUUUCUUUAGAAUUUGAAAUGUUGGAAGGUUGAUGAUUGAAGAGAAAAUGAAUACGAGUGGAAGAUUUACUUUGGAUUUUGCAUGAUCAUUUUUGCGAAAGGUAAAUUGAAAAGGAGACAUGGGGAUGCAACAUGAACGCUACAGAUAUUGUUAUCUGUAUAGAUACUUUUUAAUGAAAAACUUACCCUAGGUAGUUAAUAACCCAUAUGUAGAUCUCUGUCUUGUGCACAUGAUAGGAAACGGUCCUAGCAUCUUAUUUUCAGGAAACAUUAAAAAGUAUUUUGUAAAUAUUUUUCAGCAUAAACAGUGCUUGCUAGUAUGUGAUCAUAGAAAUAUCAAGAAUACUCAUUUUCAGUCAUGCCACUUAACUUGUCCAUGAAUCACAAAUUUAUCGGUAUACAAACUCCUGGAGGAAUUGAAAUCAUCAAAAGAAAACAAGUGCAGAGAAUUUGAGAUCUAGGAAUAAAAAUUCAAAAGGUAAAACUGGAGUGCUAAAUAAAGUCUUGUAAUUCUACAAAAAGCCUGUAAAUUAUAUAUUCCACAUUUAAAGAUACCAAAGAAAAAGUUGUGCAUGAUGUUCAGUGUUCACUUGCGUAAUAUUAUAUUUGAUGAAAGGUGUAUGACCUGUGAAGUCAAAAAGUAUGAUAGCAUUGUUGUUCUUUUAGAGUUGGUGUGAAUUAAAAACUAUUUUAAGGGGUAUUUUUUAGAAUUUCUGUGGCAGCUCCUACUACAAGUAAGGAUUACAAAUGAUGUGUAUUUUGGUGAACAAUAUUCUAGUAAAAAACCGUUUGGAGGUCUUUGUAUCUUUCAUUUUCUCGUCCAUCAGUAAGCCAAAACCUGUCUGGUUUACAGUGACGGGUUGACAAGAACAUAGCCUAUCCAGGAAAUGUUACCAAAUAUUGAGGGGAAUGGAGGUAUGUACCAGCCUACCUGGACUGUUGUCAAGAACUUGUGAAAAUAAGUGCUAAUUUGUGAAUUAGAAUCAUAUUGGAGAAGUCAUGUUUUUACCGUUUUUUGGGAGAGACAGUGAAGUGAAUUCGCAAAAAAAGGAAGACCAGGAAUGUAUCUACUGAUCUCACAAAUAUUUUACAUUGUAUUAAAUCUGGUAUUAAUUUUUAUGUGCAAUCCACACUACAUUACACUGAGGCCAGGGGUCAGUUUGAUGAUUUUAAUUUUCACUUGUGUGAUUUGGAAAGCCUGUUUUAAUAUAUAGGUGGGGAUAAUCUACAUAGGUGGGUAACAAAUUUGUCUUUUACUUCUUGUUCAUCUUCUAGCAAAUUGUUGGGACAAAUAGCAAAAUGUGUGACCUCUUUUUAGGUCAUGCAAGCUGCCAAAAGUCUUUUCAUCAUUUUGCAAGAAAUUGGAUGUCCCCUCCUGUUGUUAGACUAUGUUAAUGUGUUUAUUUAAUCAAUCCUGUCUUAGGACCAAUAUAUUUAUUACAAGAAAAAAUAAUAUAUAGUAUGUUAAUUAUGUGUCCUUUGUAUAAUGCAUAAUGUCUCCUUCACAACUUUCUCAGAGAAAUGGUUGCGAGACAGUUACCCAGAUUCGCUUUCAAGGACUUGUUUUGGAGAUAGAGGGGAAGACGAUUUCUGUUGAAACUUUAAAGACUUGUAUCAUUAAAAUAGAUUGAGCCGUCCUUUUAUAUCGGAACUAUUUCCCUGUCAUUUCCUAGUGCCUUGUUACUUAACAGUGUAUUGACAUGAAUCAAUGUUUCUCGAGUAAACAAAAAAAUGUUUAAAGAUAGAAAUAGAUGAUGCAUCAUGUUUAGAAAAUGCUGAGGUAUUUUGUAAAUGACGGUGCAGAUUAAAAUAAAUAAAUCUGUUUUCUAUGAAAUUAUUCAAAACUUGUCCUUGACUGCUAUUAUUAACUGAGACAGGAAAAGAAACACAAAGUGGAGCAGCUAUGUAUUCCAGUGGAUAAUGAAUUGUGUGAAAACCAAGCUAUUUUUGUUUCAGUUGACAUGGGUAAUUUUACUGCAUUAUAGUUUAGCUACAUCUGUGAUAUGUGCGGAAAAGUGCAAGAAAAUUUGAUAUUAUCGGUCAAUUAGUGACAGAAUUUUCAUGUUCUACUUAAGAGGGUGGGAAAAUGCCCACCUGUCUUGAUAAAAUUCUUGAAAAUUAAGAUCAAAAUCUGUUUUUAAUUUAAUUAAUAUUGCCCUCUGGCUCACUUGAUCUGAUGUAUAAAAUUGUCGAUCAAAAACAAUUUUAAUGUUUUGUAUAUUAUGUGAAUGUAUUUUCUUGGGCAGACAUCUCUUGAUUUAAUGAAAUUAUUUCGUAGAAAAUCUGUACCUGCAUCUCAAAAACAAGUGUUAGCUUUAUAUUGCCCAACUUCGUCAGUUGGAAUUUGUAGCUUUCUGUGAAGUUAAAUAGCUACACAGAAAGCCAGUAUGAUGGUUUUUUUUUUUUUUUUUAUUAUGAAAGAGAAAUAUGAUCCCAUUCUUUAAUAUAAGUAUAAUUUGCCAUCAUUUGAUAAAGGAAAUGUGAUGUUUAAUAUCAACAUUGUUCCCGGUGUAUCUACUGUGAACAUAAUGAAGUAGUUCCCGGUGUAUCUACUGUGAACAUAAUGAAGUAGAUUUUCUGUAUGGUGCAUUAAAAAAAGUCACGCAAGAGUAUUCUAUAACUGGUCUAAGUGUAAAGAAUGUCGAAUCUUGAAGAAACAAUAUGCAAAGCAUAAUGGUGCGAAAGGAUAGCUCUGUUGUUACAUCAGGUGAAUGUGUAAAUACUGCUUAUAUAUAUUACACACAGAAUUUCACCUGUUUUUCAUUACAAAGGCAGGAAAUUAUCACCAUCAAGCUAAAUUCCAAGCUUGCAUUUUUCAAAACAAAAAGUUGGAUAAUUCCAAACAAGCCCAUUUUUUAAGAACUGUGUAAUAUGAAUUAUUUAACUUGUGAAUAUAUACCUGAAUGUUUUUGUUGCUUUUCCCGAAGCACGGAGAAAAAGUGACCUGCGACAAUUGUAAUUAACAAAGGUUUGUGUAAAUGCAAUUUUAACUUGUUAUUAAAUGGAAGUUAUUUAUGACAAAGAAAAACAGUAUGUGAGAAUUUUUCUUGUUUUAAUAUUUUUGCAUGAAUGUUGUUGCAAGAGGAACAAAUGAUAAAAUGUUAAACCAAAAUGAAAAAAAAAAUGUGAGGUAUAUAUUGGCAUGUGAUAAGUGUCCUCAAUAUAGAGUAGGGCACAGUCCACUAUCCAGCGUGAGAGAUGUCCAAUGAUGUUGAUAUACAAAGGUUAGAUUACUCACCUAGAAUGUAAAUCUGUCUUCAAAGUAUUGUUUCACUGUUCUCGACUGAGAAUAAAGUGUAAUGAAUAUUUUA